UGUGUAUGUGUGUGUAUGUGUGAGUGUGUGUAAGCAAAUGGUUUUGUUUAAAGCAGAAGAUAAAAGCAAAUUGUUAUAUUUACAUUGUUUGUCUGUCGUCUGCAAAGUUUUAAGACAACGAGCUGAUCGAACUCAAAGUCAUGAGGUCCACAACUGCAACGAUUAUAAUUGUAACAGUGUUCUGUAUGUUCUUUAAACAGCGUGUAGAGGGCGCCGACAACAUCCCUUCUGGUUCUCCCCUUCCUCAUCUCCUUCGUCUACCAGCGGGUUCCCAGGAAAGCAAACCAGCGAAUAACGCCGACGACAAAUCGUAUAUCAGACUUUGGAAAAGGAAGUUGAAGGACGGCGUUAACUAUGAAUACACGUACCACAACCCCGUUAAGAACGGAGCAAUCAACCAGCAGGGCUCGGUGACGCUUUUUAAAACCAAAGAUCCGAAAGGUGGUCAACCCAAAUCUACGGGUUACUUGAUUAGUUACCGAACAAGCGAAGACUUCAGUUUCACCAAUCCCCUUGACUCUGAUUGGGACGUUGCCAACAGUCCUUAUUACUACAACAAUAACAACAAAAACACCAACAACAACUACUACCAGAGCCCGUACAAAUACCGGACCGCUGACAAUGUCGGUACUCCGUACAGCCAUCCUUAUUCGCCGGACCACCAACACAACGGAAAUCCGGCGUUUCACGGCUAUCGGCGACCGACGUCGUUAACAACGUCCCCACCUCAUGCGACGGAGCCUCGGUGCUACGGUGAACGAAAUUUCGGCUACAACAGCAACGUAAUUUACUGCUGUAUGUAUGCCGACCGCCCUCAGCCUAGUUCUUCUCCUUACCCUAAACAUGUCUGUUGGCGCCAACAUAUCACAUGGGGCCGCCGCAUGCAAUAAAGUUAAAAAACCACCCACUCUUUAAGUUUGUAUUCAUGUGAUUGUUCCUUUAAUUUUUUUUACUUUUCAUUUUUAUCCGAAAACCAAGUAGGA